AUGAAGGAAAGUGAACCUUUAGAAUGCUAAUUUGAAGAUGAUUCAAAUAAAAGAUUAUUGCCUAAACCAAUUGAUUAUAUUGACAAAAGUUAUUCUUUAGAAAAUGACAUGGUUUUAGGAUGGGUUCCUUUAUUAUCUCAAGAGGAAAUAAUAAAUAUAUAGUUCUGCAAUGAAUUGAAUGAUUAAAUAAUUGAAUAUUACAGUCAGAAUGAUCCAAAUAAAAUUGUUUAUCUAGGUUAUAGGCCAAAUGAUGCAAUGUAAUUUCAUAAAUAAUUCUCUGCUUAAUCUAAUUAUUCAUACAAAAAUACAAAAAAUAUUAAAGUCAAAUCAUCUCAAAAUUAAUAGAUAUUUGUAGGUAUGAAUCCAAAUAAUGAUUAUCAAAUAAAAUUCAAUUCUUUAUUUGAAAGUGGAAAUUUGGAUAUUGCAAUUUAGAAAUCUGAAUUUGAAUAUGAUUUAUAUAUGAGAGUUGAUACUAAUACUAAAGGUCAUACACUUUGGUAUUAUUUUGAAGUAACGGGUUUGAAAAAUUUCGAAUAAAUCAAAUUUAAUAUUUGUAAUUUCCGUAAGAAAAGAAGUUUAUAUGAAAGAGGAAUGAAACCUUAUGUGAAAAGAGAUUCUUAAGAUUGGUAGUAGGAGGGCGAAAAUAUAAAAUAUGGAUCUUAUAAAUGUUAAUUAAAAGAGAUUAAAAAAUAAUAUUAUUGUCUAACAUUUACUAUAAUGAAUAAAAAAAGAGAUGAUAAAAUAAAGUUAGCCUAUUGCAUUCCCUAUUCUUUAAGUAAUUUAAAUAAUUUCUUAAAAACUUUAAAUUCCUAGUAUAUGGAAUAAUCAUUUUUUUGCUAUUCAUUAAGUGGGGUUUAAGUUCCAAAGUUAACAUUUUCAAAAGGAAACAUCAUAAAGAAGAAAGUAAUUGUAAUUUAAGCAAGAAUUCAUCCUGGAGAAUCAAAUUCAUCAUGGGUUAUGUAGGGUUUACUAGAAUAUUUAAGUUCAAAUGAAGCAGAUCAAUUAUUAGAUUAGUAAAUAAUAAAAUAAUAAUAAGAUUAAUAUUUGUGAUAGUACCUAUGAUGAAUGUGGAUGGUGUAAUAUUUGGUAAUUAUAGAACUGGUUGUGCAGGAAGAGAUUUAAAUAGAUAAUUUAGAGAAGAUUGCAAGAAAUUGUAUCCAACAGUAUAUGCAAUGAAAUAAUUGAUUUCUGAUUUGUAUUAAGUAUAUGGAGAUUAAAUUAUUGGUUUUAUAGAUAUACAUGGACAUUCAGGUAUGAUAAUUACCUUUUAUUAGAGCCAAAAAGAAUGUAUUUUUAUAUGGACCAGAAUUUUAAUUAUGGAAUUGUAACUAUUAUAAAUCAAGAUUAUUUGCUAAAAUUUUAUCUCAUAAAACUUAGAUAUUUCGUUAUUAUUCAUGUUUAUUUAAAAUAAAUAAAUGUAAAAUUAAUACUGCAAGAGCUGUUUUUUGUGAAAAAUAUGAUUUCAUUAAUUGUUUUACUCUAGAAAUAUCAAAUAGUAGUUAUUAUUAUGAUUAAUAUACAGAAAAUUUCACUGAAUCAAAAUUGAUCUAGUUUGGUUAUAUAUUUGGAGAAUCAUUCAAAGAUUUUAUUAUUCAUUUUUAAGAGAUAGAUGCUCUUUUUUGUGAAUUUAAAGAUAAAAAAUUAAAUAAAUAAAUAAAAAAAAAAACUAAUACUUAAGAUGAAAAAUAACUAAUUUUAUAGAAUAUUUGUUAAAAUUCUAAAUAUUCCAAAUUAUUUGAAGAAAUGAAGAAUGAUUCACCUAAUUUAUCUUUCUCAGAGGGAUAGUCUGAUAGUGAAAGGGAGUCAGAUGAUUUAGAUGAUGAAAUCUUAAAUAAUAUAAUUCUAACAACAAAUAAAUAAAAAAAAAUCUAAAAAUCAAAAAAAACAUUAAAAUUAAAUGAUUAUAAAAAACAAUCAAUUAAAAGUGAAAAUACUUCAACAGUAACAAAAAAUUCUGUGCUUUUAAGUAAAAAAUAAUUUUUAGAAGAUUAAUCAAAUCAUAUAUUUCAUUAACCUUAAAAUUAAAAUGUUUAUCGAAGAACUGCUUAUAAAUCAUAUUAAAAAGAGGAAAAAUAAAAAGACAAUUAAACAUUUACUUUGACAAGCAAAUAAUCAACAGAACUUAGUAAUAUGAAAACCUUUAGAGCAUAAUUCGUUGGAAGAGUAUAAACUAAAAUUGAAUAAACCAACAAUUAUAUUAGAAAUAAAUCUCCAAUCAAAUUAAAAACUUUAAUACAUGAAGCUUAAUUAAAGGGAAACUCAGAAAUAAAUUGCGAUAUUUAGGAGGAUUUGGGUGAUGUAAUUUUUUAACCUUAUAUUAAAAAACCAUUAUUGAACCAAAAAAAUAGUACAAACAUUAAGUUUACAGGAAAUCAUUUUUCUCCUACUCAGGAUUUAAUGCUUCAAAAUGAUUUGAAUAAUAAAUAAGAUAAUCAUUUUCCAACUGAAUAAGGUUGUAACUAUAAAGUUACUGCAAUCUAUCAUGGGAUAAAUAAGCAUUAAAAAUAAUAAUCUCAUAAUUAUAGAUUAAAUAAAAUGCAAAAGUUAUAAACAACUUAAAAUCCUUCAAUUAAUUUAAGAAAUACUUUAUAAGUAUAAAAAUGGGGAAUAACAGAAGAUUCUUUUGGAAUAAUUAUUAAGCCUAAACUAUUUUCAUCCCCUUAGAUUGAUGAACUAUAAGGUUAAAUAGAACAAUCAAAAAGUUCAAUGAAUUAAUAUUAGAAUUCAUCUAUUAGUUCAAAGCCUUAAAAAUAAUCUAUUCCAUCUUCAUUUUAUUCAAUUAAAAAACAUUGGACCAAUACAAGGGGAAUUCAAUAAUACCUUAAUUUAAAUAAUUGA